AUGUCGCACGAAUAUGACACAGUGGUGCCUCCGAAUGCGAAGCGAAUGAAAACGGAUACGCAGUUGGAAGACAAAAAGAUAUUGUACGUGGUUCUUGAGGGCUGCAGCCUUGAAACGGCCAAAAUCGGAGGAGAAUACGUCAUUCUGAGCAGUGACAAGCAUGCGAACUUUCUGCGGAAACAAAAGAAAGAUCCGUCCGAUUACCGUCCGGACAUCUUGCAUCAGUGUCUGCUCAAUCUGCUCGACAGCCCAUUAAACAGAGCUGGAAAGCUCAGAGUUUUCUUCCGAACCACUAAAAAUGUGCUCGUGGACGUGUCGCCGCAAUGCAGAAUUCCGAGAACUUUCGAUCGGUUCUGCGGACUUAUGGGUAAGAUAGUUAACUUUUUCUGGCGUUACAACAUAAUAGAACUGGGCUGAAUAGAACUGCGACAUAAUAGAACCGGACAGAAUAGAACUGCGACAUAAUAUAACUGUUUUUUGGUGGUGCGCGUUAGCAUUUUUUUUAGAUGUGAGCCUAUAUUUCGAUUCAAUAAAUUAUUGACAAUAAUUCGAUAGCAAGCUUCAAAAACGAUCUUACUUCAGAAAACGAUUAUUCUACAGAAAGGCGCUCCAAACAGUUAUAUCGUGUCGCGGUUCUAUUCUGCCCAGUUCUAUUAUGUUGUACCGCCACUUUUUCUCGCUGUAAUGACAUCCCAUUUUCAGUGCAACUACUCCACAAAUUGUCGAUCAGAGCGGCGGAAACAACGCAGAAGCUGAUGUCAGUCAUCAAGAAUCCAGUGUCAAACCAUCUGCCAGUCGGGUCUCGCAAGAUGCUCAUGUCAUUCAAUGUGCCCGAGCUGACAAUGGCCAACAAGCUUGUCUCCCCGGAAGCAGACGAGCCGCUUGUGCUCGUCAUCGGCGGAAUCGCAAGAGGAAAGGUUAGAUAACAUCGUUCCGACGGCUUCAUCUCAAAUCAUUGCUCUUUUACAGAUCGUCGUCGACUACACCGACUCGGAUACGAAGAUCAGCAACUAUCCGCUCAGCGCAGCGCUCACGUGUGCCAAAGUGACGAGCGGACUCGAGGAAAUCUGGGGAAUCAUCUGAAUACUCCUCUCUUUUCCUUCGACUUCUGUUCUUUAUCCACCCUUGUUCAUCUCGUUGUUGUCUGUUAUUGUUGCUAAUGUGAAAUUCAUAUAAAGUGCAAAGCGAUCAAUCCUACUUAGUCGCCUCAUAAAUCCAGAGACCGCCCACGAAGGAGCCACCUGCAUCUCAUUCGGAGUGCCGUGGAAUGGCCCAUUUCUGAUGAAUGAGGUAUCUGCGAGGACCGAAAUCCAUCGCACGCAAUCCAUCCAUCUACGGAUUAUGUUUUUAUUCAAACAGACAGCGGACCCUAUUUGCGGAGGGGACAAGAGUGCAAACAGUCCGUUCGGCCCAUUAUGCAAGCGUAUUCCGCCUUCCCACGGACCCGGGUGCUUUGCGGCCCUCCGUCUGCGUCUCUCCGCUCAUCGAUUGCUGCUCGCUGUCUUCGUCUCUCGCUUCCGCACACUCCCUCGUCGUUUCGGCGCUUCACUCCGUAUGCUUUGCGUUCUGGGAGGCCUUCUCCUGCCCGCUGAUUUGAAUACUUUUAAUUACAAUUCCUCUUUUCUGAAUCUGUUUAUUUUCUUAUUUUCGUUUACCGAAAUGUGACGCUUGCCACAUGUUUUUGUCAAUUUAAAUUAUAAUUAAAGCUGAGCGAAUGUGCAUGAAAAAUUCUCUUUUUUCAAAAUAUAUGGCAUGCUAUUUUUCAAAUAUAAAAAGUUAUCACUUUAAAAUUGAUAUAAUUUACCUGAAAUCAGAGUAAUUCACCGUCUGAAAAUCAAGUGAAUGUCCUAAAAAUGCUGCUUCGGCUUCUUUCCCUCGGAACCUUUAUCUCCCCCUCUUCCUCUUCGUUUCCGAACCCGUUUCCAUCCCGAUUCGCUCAUUACACUUCUAAUUAAAAUGCUUACGCCAACAACUACAUGAAUGAAUACUGUUCGUCCGUUUCCAUCCGUUUCUCCCUUCCACUCCUCACGUUUUUCUUAUUCCAAACAUUUUUCAACAACAGAAACAAAACGCGGGUUCUUUUCUUUUCAUUCUCUCUCAAAAAAAACCACUGAACUUGACUAUUUGCCCAGCUACUGCCGUUUGAAUCAAUUUUGCGAAACACACGGAAACUUUUCAAACUUUUAUUUAUUUUUCUUCUUCGCUUUCUUGUAAAUUCGUCCUCUUUCCGAUCGCAAUCGCUUCCGAAUCCUCCGCCAGACGACGCGAAACGAAACUUUUUAAUGACAUUAUCUCCACUUUCGCCCUGUUGCAAUCGUCGCCGCUUCGUUAAUAUAUCGGAAUUGGCGCAAAGGAGAAGGCGGAAAGUGGAGAAUGUUGGCAUUGUCCCAAAUAUGAUAUUGGAGAAAGUGGAGGCAGAAUAUAACCGCUAAAAAUCCAUAAACCUGACCGCUUCCCGGUUUCCCAUGUUUAUGAAAUGUUGAAAUCAUUUCUGAAUCAUCUCUCCUUACCAAACGCAUUCCUCUUUUUUGUUGAGUCUUUCCCUUUAUUUCUCUUCCGUUGUUUCAAAUUUGUAGCGUGUGACUCGCCGCCUCUCUGCCUCCAACCAUAUGUCUUUUCUCCCACAAAGAACCAUUUUUCAUCGCUUUAUCGGAGGAAUACUGCCCUUUUUUCUGUCCUCUGCACUGGCAAUCCGCUUUAUUGCAGAGUUUGACUUCCGACUCCUGGCUCAACGAUAAAAGGAACACGUAAUGGAAAAGAAAGUAACGAAGAGGUUGUAGAAAGGUGUGGACAGGCAGAAAAGAGAAGAAACGAGGAAGAAUAAUUACAGUGAAAUGUCGAGACACCUGCUGACAGGUGGCAACAACACCCUCCAUUCCGAACAAAUCAGAUACGAAAUACAACGGUUCGAAAGUGUACAUCCGUGCAUUUAUCAGGUACGUAAGUCUUAAAUUUCAAAUAUAAAAAUGAGCAUUGCAACGUUCUGAGGUGGAAAGUGAACACUGAAAAAUCUGCAAGGUUGAAAAUGUUUUGGUUAGUUCCAAUGUUCCUCUUCUCUGCCAAAUCAGCCUCAGUUUAAUAAAGUUUUCUCUUCGCUUCUCGGCGUCUCUCCGUUUUCCGCUUUCCCAUUCUGUGUAUCUGAUCGAAGGGCAUCCCACUGUUUGUUCGAAACGACCGUUUUUUUGAAUCUUUCUCACUUCGUUUCGUCCAGUGCACAAUGCAAUGCUAGUUCUCCAAAAAUGACCGAUAUUCUAUUCCGGGAACUCGAUUUCACUCAUGUGGGCUCUAUCUCUAUUUCACAAUUCUCACUCAAUUAGUUCUUUUUCAGAUAUACGACCUUCUGAAUUUGCUUCCCGACGGAUGCCACGCAAUCAGCGAACAGAUACGAGAGCAAAUUGUGGCCGUUGAAGGUACGCGAAUUCAUUUUUCUUUUUAGUGAUUAUGGUAAAUGCGAAUGUUUCUUCUUUUGUAAUCUAAAUAGUGGUUCUUUUCCCAUUUUGUAUGUUUCCAGCCAAUUUAAAUUUCAACCAGUGUCAUGCAAAAUCACGUCCAUUACCUCUCCGACCGCAUCCGGUUUUCUGUAGAAUAUUAUUGUGCCUUAAUAUGCACUCAGACAUACCUAGGGGGCGCAACAAAGGGGGCGUGGCCUGCCGAAUUUUCUCCCCGGUCGCGCCGCGCAUGUUUGAGGGCCUGUACCGAGGUCCCCAAACCAAGUACUAUAUUCAAAAUGUUUUACUUCAUGUAAUCGGCCAUGCUGAAUCAAAUGAACAGCUCCGUUUUCCGUGAAAACGCACAGUUUUCUCAAAAAAAGGAGAAAACGAAAAUGGAAGUUAGUCUGAGAGCCACUGUGGCCGGAGUUUGUGCAACACGCGGCUUCUGAGAAGUGAUUCUGACAGUUUAAGGGAUGGGGAAUCCGUUUUUGAAAUAAAAUUCAAAUUUCGUUCCGGCAAACAUUGUUUUUCAGACCGUCAAAGUGCCAAAAAAGUUAGCGAAAAAUUUUCAGCGAUGACCCCACUUUUUUAUGUUUGGAAUGCAUAGAUAAACUCUCUCAGAAGCCAAAUAUAAAAUUUCAGAGCUCUAGACCCCCUAGGAGCAUUUUUGUGUUCGAUUGAGUAGGCCCCAUUCGGCCGAAUUUCUUGUUUUUCGAUGAUUUGAAGGUGGGAAACAGCCAACACGCGGCUUUUCUCCACGGAAUCGGAUUCAGCGUGAAAUUCUCUACAAAAUCCAUCUAUUUAUUCAAAAUUUCAGCCCGGCAAACAUCUUCAAAUUUUCACAUUUUUGCGCUGAAAUUCCGCAAAAGUCGCAUCAAAAAUGAAUGGCGAACACCGAGCUUCUCAUUGCCAUUGGCGUUCGCCGCGCCUCCGCCCGGUUGGCGCAGUGGCAGAGUGCUCACUCGGCAGUCUGGAGGUGUCGGGUUCGAAACUUUUGAUCUCGAAAGUUGUUUUGCUUUCUUAAAACAUCAAUUCUGUUCACUUAAUAUGUUGCCUCUUUGGUGUCUUCCACCAAACAGCGACACGAAUCGCCUGCCAGCGAGACUCCGCCGUCUUCUCGGCCGCCGACCGGGGAGAAAACAGGGCAACUUUGAAGGGGUAUAACUCGGGAUUUACAGAAAAUUUUUGAAAAAAAAAUUGGGAGUAUACUCAUAUAGAGUAGGGGAACACAUUCCAACAAAAAAUUUAUGGAAAUUCGGAGUUUUGCGAAACCCGUUGCGGUACCUAGACAUACCUCCCUAAUUGUAUGUCUCCAAGAAACUUCCAAAAACUGUCGUCCCGCAUCCCUCCGAUUCAUAAUCGUCGUCGCCGUCGAAAGCUUUUCUCCCUCCCUUCUCCCUCCCACCUUCUUCUUUGCUUUCCUUCCAAGUGACGACGGUCCCACGAGACGACUCACUUUUUACCCUCGACAUAUAUCUUCCAUUCCCCGUUUGCAAAAGGGAUAACCCUGAUAAAAACUCCGUUUUUUUCUCUCUCUCUCUCUCUCUCUUUGUUUUUUGCAUGAGCUCUGGUGAGCCGACCGAAUAUAAUUAAGCAAAGUGCGCAUUUCGCAACUUUUCCUGGAACAAGCAGAAGGAGGCUUAUUCGGUUCGUGUAUUUUUCCUCGUUCUUCCUCCUGAAGAUCUUAAAUUGCUAUCACCUUCCCUUAUUUUUAUUUUUCUCCAAUUUCCAGACAAUCUUUCUGUCGUUCUAGUUUAUUAAGCAAACAGAAAGUAAGCUAGAAUCUGGAGUAUCGGUUGCCCGGAUUCAUUCCGUUUCUUCUCUUCUUCUUCAUUGCGUUCGUUCGACGGCACAACACAUGCAUGCCUCUCUGGAUGCUCGUUUCUCUCACUCUUUUUAUUUGAAUAAAAAAUUGGAUGGCAUUUUGGUCGGGCCCCAUCUCGUCGCUGCUCGCAUUCCAGUGGGUCCCCCUUCUCUUGCCUUCCGUCUUCCUCUCUCCCCAAUUGAACACUUGAUUACUUCUCCCUCACGUCCAGUUCCUUUUUUGGUUUCAAAUGCUCAUCAAGAAAACUGGGUUCUCUUGAAUGUGAAUGAAUCUACUUUUUCUUUCUUUGCCCGACCGUCGUUUUGAAGAGAACCUGAAACGAGUGUUGGUAGCAAUAAUAGAGUAAUCGAGUACGAUUCUAAUUAGUUUGUGUUGCUCUCGAUUGUCAAUCAUUCAGUCAAUCGACUCAAUUGACUAGCGCCAUAUGGUUUCUCGAGAGCUUCUGCUUUUUUGAAUGCAUUUUCCCGAUUUGGAGUUGUUUCCCAUCAAGCUUGCAACGCGACGCUCUGUUUGACCGUCUCCUGGUAAUCCUUACUGUGCGCCCGACUGUCGGCUGCUGCAUCUGCCCAAUAAUCCGUAUACACAAGAAAACGAUACAACCGUUUGAAAUGACCGCGCGCCGUCCGUCCGAUUCGGUGACUCGUUACGCAAUCAAAAGUCCUCCCGAAACAGCUGUUUUUUAUCGUUGGACACUGUGCCGCUGACACCGAUCAAGACCAUUCGCAUCACUUAUUUCGCUCCCCGAUUCAUUCUCUUCAUACCUAAUAUAUUCUGCUUUGGCGUUUCCAACGACGUCAGCAGUGUUUGUUUGGUUGUUGCAAUUGAUUCUACUCGAAUAUGCACCCGUAUCAGGUUCCUAACGAUGCAUGGAUAUACCUGUUCACCUUCUGACCCUCUGAGCAACUGUCAUUUUGAGUGUGCCGACUGCUGCUUGGGCAUACUUGGAGUGACGGUAUCGAUAGACAGCAGCGGAAAUCUCUCGGGGGACAAUAGUGUCGGUGUCUAAGUGUCGAAUGGGGUGAAGUGUGGAUUAACACACUUGAGGAGAUGAAGAGGAGUCUCCAAAGAGGAAAAGGAAGAGAAGAAGCCAUAUGGUCUUGGCUUCUUCUUCGUAUCGGUCAUCUCCAUCUCAUGUUCUCCGCCGUGCGAGCAUUUCUUCUUGCUUGUUCUCAAACCAUUCGUAGUUUGACCGGCGGAGAAACAGACCGAUUGCCGUUUGAUAUGUCAUUCGAUCCGUUGCGAAAGAGGUCGUAAGAGGUUGCCAGCCAAAAGAAAAGACCACAACACAACUUUUUGCUUAUCCGCCGACGGAUUCCGGGUGUCCGAUUACGGGCCCUGUUCCAAAUCUCAGGCUUUAUUGUCGUGUGAGAAGAGCAAACAUUGCACGUUUCAUUACGCCAUCAGAAAAGAGAAUCAGAUUCCUUCACACACGUAAACAGAAAGCAGGCACUGUGUCCUUCACCCAAACUCACACAACCCAAUCUCAAAAAUUUCCGUCAUUCCAUUCGCCGCGCUUCGCCCUCCGAACAGUAAUGCUGCUCUUUUCUGUUUGUGUUGUCUGAGCAGCCCCUCUCGUCUCGACUCUUUCCUUAUUUGCUGUAUUUUCGCGUAUCGUUUCUCGAAAUCCUUUUCGGGUUUUUCACGAAUCUCUCCCUCCGUCCGCUCGUCCGCUCUUCUCUUGUCUGCUUCUCCAUCUACCAGUUCUUUUGUCUCUGUCGUCGGACCGUACAUCAAAAAGUGAUAAAUGUCAUAAAGCUUCUAUAUUCCUCCCUUAAACAUUUUGUCCCUUUUCAUAAUACAGUAUCUGUGUCAAGAGGAAGAGAGAAAAACGCUCUUUUUCGGUGUGUGUUCUUCUCGCAACAAGUGCUUCCUUUUUUGUCGGUCUUUUUGAAGAGGUUACAAUCUGAAGAGGCAAGUCGUCUUAUUUUGCAUUCAUCACGUAGUAGUAAAUAAAUGAAUUCUCAUUGUUAACUUUUCCUGAUUUAGUCGCCUAUAUCAAUGUUUCCGUCUUUCUCUUUUCCGUUUGCUCCUCCGCCGUUGCUUUUGCCGCCAGUUGGAUUGAACAAAGUUGAAACCGCAGAUAUCUGUCAUCAACAACUUGUCACUCAUAUUCUUUUCUUUUAAAUUUCAUCCCCUCGUUACACAUUCCGAACUCACUCAGACGAUAGAGCGAAGGUGUGUAGAAGGCGGCGGCGGCGGAGAAAGAGGAGGAGCCGAACUAAUGAAUUACGCAAAUAUGAGACAAAAGGAGGCAGAAGCCAUGGAAGAGAUUAUGCACGAGGCCGACAUUUCCCUCCCCUGUUUUUGAUUUUCUUUCGAACAUUCUUUUUCACUGUUUACUUACUCGAAUCUUAAAAGUCUGCCAUUAUUUUCGCAAAAGAGCAGUUAUAUAUACAGUAAUCCGAUUAUUUCGUCUUCGGCGUUCCCGACGGGAGCUUCCCGUUCAAUCAGUGGUCUACUAUUAGUCUCUACUUUACCUCCUAGUUUAUUUCUCUCUCUCUCUCUCUCUCUCUCUCUCUCUCUCUCUCUCUCUCUCUCUCUCUCUCUCUCUCGCUCAAACGUGCUAUCUGACACCUUCCUUUCUUUUCAUUCCACUGGUUCCUAGGGUAGUUUCAAUCAUAAAAGUGUACAUACAUACGGCAUUCAGAAAAUAACUAAUCACAGUCCCAUCUCGGUAACAAUGAGAUAAGGUCUCUUUUGUUCUUUCUGAUAGAACAUCACAAUAUUUCGAAUGUGGCAGUGUUUGUGUAAUGGUCCCAUCUCUCGUGUUCCCUACGUUUCCAUCAUAAAUGCAGUGAGCUUGAGCAGCCAUCUUUCCCCACGAGUUAUGAGCACUCAAUUGCUCCGUGUCACAUGAUUGAUUGCUUCAUCAUCUUCCUUUCACGGAUCAAUAAAUAAGGGUCUUCCUCUUUUCGGUGUAGCUCCUCCCACCCUGUUCAUCUUCAUUUUCGCCCGUCUCAUUCCCGAAAAAGACGACGUCGUUCCGUUUUCUCGCUUCCUGAUUGGCGUCCCCCAGUACGUCUUCCUCUUUCUUCUUUUCUUCCUUUUUCUUCACAUCAUCGUCUGCUUUUUAUUCAAUUAAUUCUGCAUUCAGUGUCCUUCUUCAGCACACCACUAUACCAUCCCCGAACCCUCUUGUUAUUCUUUCGGGCGCGAUCAACAAGGUCGAAUUCCUUUUUUCAAUUGUCGUUCACAUCUUCGUCUCGAUCUGUCGGGUUUUCCGUGAAUCGUAUCCGAGAACCAAGAGCCUUCUUCUUUCUGCGAAGGUGUCCUUGGAGCUGUUCCCGAAAUGACGGAUGACCGAUGUUGUCGCGAGAAUAAAACUGCUGCUGCUGCGGCUGCUAGCAGCACGAUUUGCCAAUCAGAUGGAUGGCGUCCCGAACGAUUUGUCAUAAAUCAGUCGGCCGCCAUCUAACGAUGCCUUGUUCUUCUUAUUCUUCUUUUUCAUUCGAUCAAGCCACUUUUUUUCGCUUUAUGAGCCUUGUUCUUCCUUUUCUUCUGCGGGUUCAGGUAAACUUUACUACCCGUGACCGUCCGUUAAUUUACACUCAAUUGCCAAAUCCGAUUUUUCAAAGGCAGUUACGGGAAGUAUGCUAAUUCGCCCUUUUCUUCUAUUGAGCAAGUGUCACCUAGCUAUGAUGUAGAUUCUCAAAUCGUGAAACGAAAUCCGCAGCUGUUAUCUUAUCCUCGCAACCAGUAACCAAGCGUCGGUCGGCUAGUCUCGGAUCUCACUAUUUAUUCAACACUUGCCUAGGUGUCAAAAGUGCUCUCAUCAACAAAUAAAUGUAAACGAGAAGUUUCAAUUCCUCCGCCCGAAUCAGUCCUGCUUCUUUUUCCUGCUAUUCCAUUGACCCAAGUAUAUCGAAUGAGAGAACGAUGAAGCCAUUAUCUCUCUUUAAUGAGGCUGAAUCUCUCCUCGCGCAUUUCACUCGAUUGCCCUCCCUCCCACUGCCCCACACCGACUUUCCGUUGUUUGGUUUUUUUGGUGUAAGAAGUCGAAAGAAAGCGGGGGCACGUCUGAAGAUGGAGUCGUUCUUUUCGACAUCGCCGCCACAUUCGCCGACCGUUUUUUUUUCCGAGGGUCAGUUUUGCAUUUCUGCCACGAUCUGCCCGCUCAGUCUGCACAUUUCGGCACGUUCACCGCCAAUCGAAUACGAAACGACACCGCUCGAUCGGCAUGACAUUUCCGCAAACUGUUCUUUCUUUCUCACCCGCCGACCGAUCAUGAUCAUUUCGAUCAGUUUUUGUUUGUGUAAUCAGGCGCGCUCUCUUUGAGCUACCUGAUAAUUGGUUUGUCGGUAUACAUCAUCAUCGAGCUGCCACAUUUGUGAUGACUCGUCAUUACAUAAACUCUCAUUAUAGCUUUGUUCUCUUUCCUUUCUCAAAAAGUACCACCGAAACGUGUAUCAGUGUCUUCCAUAUGCUUACCAAAUUCUCUGUUCCGUUCUUUCUUCACACUAUCCUCAUAUCGUUUGCAUCGUAAACUCGGUCUCUAAUCUGCCGUUCCAGAAUACGCUCGUCUUGGUUCCUUCGAUGCGGCUGAAGACAUCCCUUUGACAGGCGCCUGUUUUUUCUGACCCUCUCUCACUUUCGUUUCCCCUCCGAGCAACUAUCUUCCUUCGAAAUGCCUUUAAUCCGCAACUACGGCUACUAUGACUUUAUCGACGUGGCACCCGGAAGCGCCCAUCCGUCUGCCAUGAUAGCAGCUCACUCAAUUGUUGCUCCACAGUCUCGAGUAAUCAGUCACCAUGCUUAUUUUGAAAGCCCCCGAAAAGGGUUAUACGCGGCAAAGGAUAGGAUGUAUUAUGGAAAAGACGAGUGGAGAGGGAACACGACUAUCCACGAUCCGACAGACUUCGAAGAAUCGAUAGAUCUGAAUGCGAAUGAUUCAGUGAGUGGAGAGGAGAAAAGAAAGAAAAAGAGAUGGAGAGAUAUUCUGUUCCCCAAAGGAAAACACUCGUCUCGGAAAGACAAGGAGAACUCGAAUGUGAGUGUUGCCACCCGCAGUCUCUCUUCCGUGUCAUUCCGAUCUGAGAAGCCCGAGAGGUGUCGACGAAGGGAAUCUGGCUCCCUUUCCCGCCACCGUUAUAUUCCUCCACCGCCACUUCCAAUGCCACCGAGAAGAAUAAUGACGAGCACUUCAAUUGGAUAUUCUGACGACGCGAUGACUUCUUCCUCUUCCCACACGACAACUGACUACGAAGACGUUGCUUCGGUCCCGACGCCCUCCUACAUCAUCUAUCCGGCCUCGUCGAUAGUUCACGCAAGACGGUACGGAGCAGGCGAAAGAGAAACGAUGCUGCCGACAGUCUAUGUAGGGGCCAAUCGGAAAGUUGUGAUGCCGAAUGGAGCCAAGCAUAAAAUAUUCAGAAGUCCAACAUACCAUCACGGUUCGUUAAAAGAAAAAUAGACAAAAGAAACAUUUGCUAAACAAUAAUCACUGAAAUGGCUUCACCAAAUUUUCGAGCCCAUUGUUAAACAAUUUUAAUUUUCAGAUGCCUUCGUAAAUUCGCACGAAUGGACGUUGAGCAGGUCAAUCAGCGAAAUAAAAUUGGUGAGUUCCCUCCGUAUUCUUUUCACCCAAAACACAUUUUUAUCAUGCCGAGUGUUAUUAUUAUGAGCGACGAUGAUGUGCAGAUUAGCGGUGUUCUCUAUGUUGUGCCUCAUUGUACGUAGUUUGCUCUGAGGUGUCGGAAGAACAUGAUACACUCCCGCCCGUGGGGGGCUGUAUGCCGUCCACUCACCAGGGGGUCGGCAGAUGGCUCCCUGUGUCUGUUGCGCAAGCCGCCAGAACAUGGAACAAUGAUCUAGUGGGCGAGAGGAGGGCUGUCCGUUCUCUUUUUCCUUCUUUCCGUUCUGCCGUCACUAGUUUAUAUUGGCUGAUGAGCCAGCAGCCGAGGCGAGAAGGUGUUCAAUUACAAUUUGGAUUACAUCUUCAAGGCCACUUCGGAUGCGGUUCAAGGCCACUUCGGAUGCUUUAGGAGCCUUGAGAUAUGACAAAUUGGAUAGAUUUUGUCGGAAAAAUUGACGUUGGACAUCUCGGUAUUCAGCGGUUUCUGUUCAAACCGAACAAACAUGCUCACUGUAUCCGUAUAAAGGCUUUCUAAUAUUUUAGUUUGGUUACGUCGGACACCAGCUGCGUUCUUUGUCACGGAUUUUGAAGGGUGUCGUUUCCUGGCUAAUGCAACCAGUCAUUAUAAACACCUGCGUGCGAGCACAAGUCGUAGUUUCGCAAAUGAUUUGUAGCCGUUGCGUCACUGGUCCUUCGCGAUGAGAGAACGAUUGUUAUCAAAGUGUCUGACCGGCUGCCGUUCUCGACAGAGUCCUGAUCACUCCGUAAUUUUUGGGAAACAGAAUGCGAUUGCUAAUUGAGUCGGAAACCUUCAAAGAACGGUUGCGUAUUUAUUUUUCUCUGCUCGUAGAACCUCGGGUUUCCUGUGCGGCGGCCUUUGAUUCAAAACGCGGGUUAUGCUCUCGGCGGGAGAGAAGAUCAAUUAUGGUAAUGCACCGCCAGAUCGUCUCGUUCUAAUAACAACGUACCGACCUUUCUCGUUACACUUCAAAAAUUUACAGUGUGAGAACGGAAACAUUUGAAUUGCUCGGCAGUUGCUCUACAUGUUUCGCCUACUUUACACAGCCCUCCUUUUGUUUCUUUGGAAAGCACAGGAAGUGGACCAAAUGGGAACACCUGUGCACGACGAAGAGGCCUCAUUCGAAUGGACCAAUUGAGAGAGGGGAGAGUGGUCUUUGGUCUCUUAGCUGACGGACACCCGUUAUUUCCAGAUGCACUUGAAAUGAGCAAACAUGGCGAACUGAAAGUGUAUUGACGUCUCAAACAAGGAUGUCUUUCAUCUGGGACCCAAACAGUAUUGUUUUGAUCUUUCAGCUCACUGAAAUAGCUGUAAAUAAGAACGCGGUUAGACCGGAUAGUAUCACUGACCACCAACUGAUUAGAAGGUGUUCUGUCGAUGUUCUCAACCGACAGAUGACAAUAAGCGAGACAGUGUGCCCACAUGACAGACCGAGACGUGUCAAUUUCACUUCACACUUUUGUCGACCGAUAUCCUUGUGUCCAUCGGCUGACUGGAUGAUGGCUUUCUCCUUUAUUCCCCCGAAGACAUUGCGCAUUGAUAGUCGCAACAGCAGAUCGUCCACCUUCUCGUCUUUCGACGCACAACUUAACAAAAGGCGGUCUGCCAGGUGUCGUGGGCGGAGUCUCUUGGAGACGUUGCUCAGGGUGUACGGGCUGCACACACUGAUUCCUUGCCCGCCAAGGCAGUGCGUGAAAUGACUGUCGCCAUAAGUUUACUCUUUGAUUUUUUCCACUGGCACAGAUAUGUGAAUCCUUCGAAGUUCGACAACAAAUAUCACGAAUGCCAAAUUGUUCGUUUAUAUCCAGACCCAUGAUCCCUCAAUUCCUCAUUUCUCUAUUUCUAUUUUCUUAUUUCAGGGAAUCGUCGGAACUUCACAGUCAGGAAAGACGUCCCUUGUGCACCGGUAUCUGACGGGAACGUACACACCCGAUGAGAGUCCCGAAGGUAGGUCAUGAUAAUAAUAACAUAUAAUAGGUGGAACGUUUGUUUGUCAUUGAUAACAUUCGUCCCACACCACUAUUUUCUCUAUUCGCAGGCGGUCGAUUCAAAAAAGAAGUUGUGAUAGAAGGGCAGAGUCAUUUGCUUCUUAUUCGAGACGAAGGACAGCAGCAUCUGGACAUUCAGUUCUGCCAGUGGGUCGACGCCGUCGUUUUCGUCUUCAACGUUUGCUCGAUACAAAGUUACGAGAGCAUUCAAGGGCUGGCUCACGAGAUGAGCAAGUACCGGAAUAUCAGUGAUUUGCCCCUGAUUCUUGUUGGAACAAAGGUUCGUUUUCAUUGUUUGCUCUUCCUAAUUGAAUAGUAGCAUUUUAUACCGGUUUGCCCAGUAAUGAAAAGUGACAAACCGGAUAUCUGGUGACAGGCGGAAGACGAGAAAAUUAGGGAGGGAUAAGGAUCUCUGGAAACAUGCUCAAAGACAGAAGGAAGCAAUGUGAGCACCUUGUGCCCAUGUAAUUGCCCUGUACGUAUUCUCGGAUUAGCACCACGUGAGAAGGCACUCGUUAGAAUGACGGGGCUAUGAAAAAGUCGUCAUCCUCUCCAAAUCUGCCUUCUUACGCGCUUUAGUUUCCUGUCCGUAUUACCCACAAUCCACAGCUGCAUCGCAUCACUGACGAAAUGCUCUCGUUCAACAAUUUUACGAUUGAAGAACAUUAAAAAAAAUUUCGCUUCGCAGCAUUCAACUUUCAGGACCACAUCUCCGAGAAACGAGCACGAGCGAUCACAGAAGACGAAGGUCGUCAGUUGGCGGCCUCAAUGAAAAGGUGCUCGUACUUCGAGACGUCCAGUACGUACGGAUCGAAUGUGGAAAGAGUAUUCAAAGAGGGUGAGUGUACUAAGCAUUGUAUCCCCGAAUUCGAAUUUACGCUCUAAUUACUCGUAUGCCCUGUUCAUCCGCUUUUUCUCUGAUAAGCUGACUCUCCGAACCGCUGCCCCAUUUGUUGCCACAUACAGUAUGUGGCAACGAGCAAAGUAUGUGACAUACUUUGCUCACUACCGCCGCGUCACAAUGCUCUCAGCUUUUUGUUGUGGCCCACUUGAGUGUUGGUAGCGAAUUGCGCUAUUCCAUUACGGCACGUGCUACGUAAUAAUGGUUUAUGACUAGGCCUAUAUUAUGAUGCAAGGUUAAAUUACAACAAAAGGACACUGGUCGCAGGACGAAGGCAUGAAGUCAAGCAUACUGUAGGCUUCUAUCUAACAUUGCAAAGUUCAGUCUUUCUAUUUCCAGAGAGUACUAUCCAUCUAUUCUCUUUCCACAGCCUGUACUGGUUGAUACAUUCCUCUUUUUCUCUCGCUCUUUCUUUUCCGAAAUCCUCCGACCCUCUUAUUUUGCGGACACACAAGAUAAAAACGAGCGACAGAAUCUCGACUUUGACAAAAUUUAUUAUAAAGUGUUUUGCGGGGUGUGCUGAGUUUUCGAGUAGAACACGAGAUGCAAACACGCAUUGCGCACUCGCUGACGAAACGCAAACAGUUCGGAGGUCUGUCGAUCCACCGAAAGAGGGAAAGGUUCGGCGCCCCCGUGCCUCUCUUCUGCUCAUUCUGCCAUUUAAUUCUGACUUUGUGCGGUGUCUCUCAUGAAGAAUUAGAGAGAAAGAGAGAGAAAGAGAGAGAAAGAAAGAGAGAGAGAGAGAGAGAGAGAGAGAGAGAGAGAGAGACUGUCUGGAAGACGUAGAGUACCGGCCGGAGAGAUUCCGAGAGUGUUGGCUGGACGAAAGACACUUUUGUUUGUGUGAAAUGAUUAUCUAGUCAAGAGUUCCGGUUUUUGUUCUGUUCUUCGGAAAAAGAAGAAACGGAUGUCUCGCCGUAUUUUCUUCGUAUUCUAGAGUCGCGGGCCCACUACAGAGUGACACGAGUCACGGAUUUGUCACGGAAUAGUUCGGCCAACAGCUGCGUGCGCAUCUGACCCGUCCGCUUGACCGUCCGGCGCAUAAAGGAAAGUAAACAACGAAUUCACUGCGCAUACCACGCUUUCACCGUUUUCGCCUCAAUUGUAAAGAAUUCAGGGAAGCGUGUCAAUUUGGCAUAAUUUUUCGUGUGAAUAUCGCGCGGCCACCCCACUCACCUCUCCGCCAGCUAACCACUUCUGCUUCUUCAGCUUCGGCAGCAACAGCAUUUCGCUUUCUGACCAGUAGUCAGCGACGCCGCCAGGCAGCUGGGAGGGCAGAAGCCCCGUGGGAGUUGGCUGCUCUCUCUUCCUUUCCGCGCUUGUCGACCGACUCACUUUAACCAGAGUAGCUCUGUCUGAAAAGGCAAACAAACCAUGUUGCGCAGGCGAAAUUAAAAGCGUUUCGCAGUAAAGUUAAAAUUUCGGUUGAACGUCUCUCUCUCUCUCUUGCCACCUCCUUCUAAUUCGGUGAUCGUGAAAUCUGAAUGAUAGAUGAGAAAAAAUUCGAGAUUCGUAUCUCUGCUGCGAACUCCUUCUUCUUCCGCUCUUUCCCCUAUUUCCUCAACGUAUUCGUUUCAGCCUGUUGCAAAAUCAUCCAGUCUCGUGUCCGAUCACAAGUGGGAAACGCCUCUUCCCAAGCGAGAACGCCGACGCCGACGCAUUCUGACAGUGGUCGCAAAGACUACCAGGAUCCACGUUACAUGAGUUCGAGUACGGUGUUCGCAAUGCCAUCCAACAUCCGUCCGUCCUAUCCAGUCAACUCCGCCCGUCGCAGUACAAUCCAUCACAGAGAGGCGCCGCCCUCUUCCAGAACGGCCAGUGAAAGGUCCAUGUCGACGAUGCUCGGGGCUUCAUACGGGAGCAGAAUGGCAGCCGGAGUGUCUCCGUCCUCCAGCCAGAAGUCGGUGCAUUCUAUCGCCAACGGAGGUUAUUCGAGAUCUUCGGCGGCUCUUCUUGACUCGGACACGCCUGCCAUCAACUCGUACUCCAUUGACUCGAUGUCGUCCACGGGAACUCCAAUCGGACAUCAUCAAGGCGGUUCCAAUCAAGUCUCUGCUUCAACAUCACACCUUCCGACACCCUCUUCUACGCCGAAUACACAACGGAAGAACAGAAGAAUAUCAAACAUAUUCGUAAGUUCAAGCAUCUUCAAAGCACCGAUUUUUUAUGUGUUUACAGAGGCAAAAGGAUAAUCAGGAGGAAAAGACAAAAAUGAUCGAGUCUCUUAACCUUGGAAUCGGUCGGGCAAUCCCUAUAAAACAAGGAACUCUUUACAAGAAAAGUUCUAAAUCGGCAUUGAAUCGGUUAGUCCAAAUUUAGGAAUGUGCUAUGUUUAUGUUCACUUUUUCAGCGAAUGGAAAAAGAAAUACGUAUGUCUUUACAAUGACGGCCGUCUCACAUAUCACACGAACCUGAAGGAGUACAUGGACAAAACGGCACAAGGAAAAGAAAUGGAUCUGAAAUUGGCGACGAUUCGGAUAACAGGCAGGCUCCAUCCACUCCAUUCGCAUCGUGUUAUUACUGCUGGAUCGUCAACUGAAGGGAGCGGAACGCCAACACUGAAGAGCUACGAACCGAGACGGAGCGACGUUGGAAUGGGAGCCAAUUCAGGGGAUGCCACUUCUGGAGGAGGCUCCGACGAUGCGAUUAAGGAGAAUCAGAGACAACAGUUCUCGCCGCCUGCGCAGCCCCAAACAGUUGCCGGAAAGAAGAAAAGGGAAUCGCGGAAAGCAGGCAAUAGUUCGAAGCACAACGACGAAGAGGACGAAUGCUUCGAAGUGAUUAACAACUGUCUCAUGCGAUGGGAAUUCUGUGCCGGAUCGGUGGAGGAGCGGGACGAAUGGAUUCACGCGAUCGGAAUGGAAAUCGAAAAGUCGUUAGGAAAAGAAGUUGCGAACGCGAAAACAAACAAUCGCGCCGUCGCCGACCGCCCGGACAUUGCUGCUCUCCGUUCUAUUCCCGGAAACGAACGGUGUGCUGAUUGUGGUAACCAAUCGGCCGAAUGGGCGUCCAUCAACCUGGGAAUCGUCAUUUGCAUCGAAUGCUCGGGAAUCCAUCGCAAUUUAGGAUCACAUAUUUCAAAAGUUAGAGGAUUGGAACUCGAUCAAUGGCCUGUUGAACAUCUGGCAGUUAUGCAGUCGAUCGGGAACGACAGAGCCAACGAGUUGUGGGAGUUCAGUCUGAUGAACGAACGGAAACCGAGUGCAGACAGUUUGCGCGAUGAAAAAGAACGGUUCAUCGACAGGAAAUACGUACAGAAGUGCUUUUUGAAGCCGAUUCCAGACAGAGAGCCCGUCACAUCGCAGCUCAUUUCCGCCGUGUUGGCUCGUGACGUCAUGACUUUAAACGUAUUGCUAGCAAACGGAAUGACGGUCGACGAAGUGAACACGACCACAAAAGACGGAAGGACAGUGCUCCACCUGGCGGCGAGCAUCGGAAGCGUCGAAUUGGCACAGCUUCUCAUUUGGGUAGGCACUGGAAAGAUGUACAGAAACAUGACUGAGCUAUUUUAAGCAUAACGCAGAUCCACGUAUUUUGGAUAACAACGGAAGAUCCUGUUUGUUCUACGCAAGGUCUAAUGGUUUCCGGGAAGUGUUCGAUAUGCUGGUGACUGCCGGAUUGCCUUCAGAUUACGGAUUGCCACUAGAGAAUGACUUCUGCCAGUUGCCAGAGGUGAGAAAGAUCAAAUCUGUUUCCUCUAAAUUCACAUUUUAUUCAGUUCUCCGCAAUGGGAUCGACGUCAAGCCGUGAAUAUUCCACAUCCGACAACGAUAUCUACUCUUCUCGUCGUAUUUCGAUGGCUCCUCCAGUGCCUCGUCGGUAUCUGCCUCAACAGCCAGAACUUGACGAAACAAGUGUCAUCUGA